CUGCACCAGCCGAGACAGGAUCGCAGUGCGCCGUUUCGCAGCUACGAUGUACGUAGUGGCAUCGCACCCAAACGAGCCGCUGCUCGGCCCGGCCUCGAUGCGCAAACCCGUGCUCGGGCCCGCGCUUCCGCUCCUACGCCCACGGACGCGCCGGCUUGUCAACGUGACGCUCGGUGUCGCCAUGUGCAUUGCCUUCUCGGUCUUUCUCUUGGGCCUCUUUGCGCCCUACACGCCGCCGUACGCGACGCUGCUCGCGUCCUCGUCUGCGAGCACCGCGAGUCCCCACUUGAUUGCGGUGGUCGCCCCGGCAGUGGUCUACGGCGUCGCGACGGCCGUGGGUCUCACGCUCGGUCUCCUCGGGUACCGCUUUGUCAAGCUCGCGUUCUUCCUCUCGGGUUUUGCCAUCGGGCUCGUCCUUGGCUUCAAUGCGGCGUACGUGGCGUUCGAGCACGAGACGUACGUGUUUCCGGCCGCGCUAGGCAUUGGCGUUCUCGCCGCCGUCAUCCUCGCGGUCGCCGCGCUCUUCUUCUUCCGCUUUGGCGUCGCCGUCCUCGGCGUCCUCGCGGGCGUCGGUCUCGGUGCGUUCGUCGGCGCACUCUUUCUCAUGCGGCUGUACCCGGCGCAGCCCGAAGUGCCGAUCGUCAUUGCGAUGGCCAUCGGCGGCGUCGCCAUCGGGCUCGUUGUCUACUUGCAGGAGCGCCUCGUUGUCGUGCUCUGCACAGCCUUUCUCGGUGGAUACUUUUUCGUACUUGGCGUCGGCAACCUCAUUGGGAGCUACCCGUCGCCGACGAGCAUCGUGGCGUUCCUCGAUGCCCUCAAGGCCGGCGGGAGCUACGCCAUGCCGGGCGCGUGGUGGGCGUACUUUGGCGCAACGCUCGUCGCCUGGAUUGGCUUUGGCGUCAUCCAGUUCCAGUACACUGCGCCGGUGCACGAGACGCCAGCGCCCGCGAGCCCUCCUCGCUCGCCUGCGGCGGUCGACGGCGACUACACGGCGGUGACAAGUCCCAAGGGAUCGGCGCCGCCGUUCCGUGUCGAGCGCGGACUCUAAGUGUCGUAGUCCUAGAUGUAGCAUCCUAGCAAUAUAAUGUGGGCGGUCGCUGCCGCGUUAAUGGACGAUGUACUCAUAGUGGUAUAAUGAAUUACGUAUUUACAUCUU